CGGUCCCAGUCAGCUUUAAUGUAUGUUGCAUUGUCUGGGCGAGGCGGCAUGUCAAACAGCAGCCGCUCUAUAAAGGGGGAAUUGUCUUGUGCUGCUCCGUGAACGAUACACACUAUUGUGCAGUAACAAACCUAAAAUUAUCUGGAAUAGCCUUUUUUAAUUUUUUUGGUUUUUUUUUUUUAGUUUCUAGAGAGAAAACGUGAGCAGUGGGCUCUGUGAUUAACAAGCGCUGUAUCAUUUGAUUUAUUUCUUGGAGCUGUAAUAAAUUCUCCGCUAGAAACUUGAAAGGGGCCUGAGAGUUUGUGAGUUUUUGCUCCAUGGAGGCCGUGGCCAAGACCGACUUUACUGCGGCAUCAGACGAGGAGCUGAGUUUUACACGUGGGAGUAUAUUAAAGAUUUCAAGUGAAAGUUCUGACAAGGAGUGGUACAAAGCAGAACAGGAUGGGAAAGAGGGUUUUAUUCCCAAGAACUUUGUCACAGUUCAUCCACAUGACUGGUUUUACGGUAAGAUCGCGCGGGCCACAGCUGAGGAACUCCUGAGCAAGCAGAGAGUGGAUGGAGCCUUCCUCAUUCGAGAGAGCGAGACCACGCUGGGAGAUUUCUCCCUCUCUGUCAGGAGUGGCAAUGAGGUCCAGCACUUCAGGAUCCUGCGUGACGGCUCAGGGAAGUAUUUCCUGUGGGUGGUGAAGUUCAACUCAUUAAACCAGCUGGUGGAGUACCAUCGAACAUCCUCGGUGUCCCGCAGCCAGACCAUCUUGCUGCGGGACAUGGACAAGCAGAACAUGUACGUUCAGGCGAUGUUCGAUUUUCAGCCUCAGGAGCAGGGCGAGCUGGGCCUCAAGCGUGGAGACAUCGUUGAAGUGCUGGACAGGUCCCAUCCCGACUGGUGGAAAGGAACGUGCAACAGCCAGACAGGCACCUUCCCUAGCAAUUAUGUGACGCCACUCAACCAUGCAUUGUAGUCAUAUCUGUCCAAAAAGAAAAGUGGACCAUGUCUCGAUGUCUUCUGGCCAUGUGGGUGCAGUGGCAUUGCAUGCUAUGCUUCAGCUAUCACAUAAGAUGAUGCUCGCCCCAGUUAAAGCGGUAUAGAGCAGGUGAAGAGGUGUAAAGGAUUUGGUGGAGUGAUGCAGGGGCAAAGAAACUCUAUUUGUUCUUCAUCUCUUCAAUUCAAAGAGAAGAACGAAUAAUCAUGAAUAAUAACUUGGUGGAUAGAAGCAAAAGAUUUGGGGGCCACAGCCUUCAGUAUGGAUAUAUUUUACUAUAGACUGAAUUUAGAGAGGUAACUCAAAAUUAUUUCACACCUCAGUUUUGCAUGUAGUGUCAACCGAUUAAUGACCAAUGACUAUGUUUAGUAUGUUAAAGAAAAGAUUUUUUUUUUCUCUGUUCUGUGAAACACAAAAUUUGCUGUGGAAACUCUCAAGACAUGUGGCUACACAUGGCAAAAUCCAAAUUUUUAAUUUUGCACAUUUAUCAUGCCUUAAUAGAUAGCGAAAUUAGAUUUUAUUUUAAAAACACACAAAAAAAUCACAAAAAUAAGUUUAACAUUAAUAUUACGAAAUGUCAGAUUUACACUUCAUUAAAGCACAUAUUGUAUCACUGAAAAUGAAUCCAAUGAUACCAAGUAUAUGAUGUAACUGUUGCUCUAUCUUACUCAUUGGUCCCAUGUGGUUACUCAAUGGAUCAUUUUUUCACGUAAACAACCCAAAGCCAAAGCCAUUGAUGUGGUUUGUAGCAGGUUGCCUCUGUUAGUCUUGCUGGCAGACGCAGAGGAAAAGGUGCUGUAAGUGAAAUGUGGUUGACUCUCAAAAGGCUCGCUGCUCAGGAGCUGAUUGGAUUGUUAACAUCAGUUGACAGGGAGAGACCAAACAUUUUUACUGAGCCUCCAGACUGUGAGAGAGGUGUGUACAGAGGACAGCGGAGAUGAGGAGAUGAGUGGAAGUAUGGACAAACUGUCAGGUCUUCAGUGAGAUGUUGUAGCAGACGUGAUUCUCUACGAAAAUGGAGAAAAAUCCAUUUUCUGUUCUCUUGCAGCCUCAUAUGUUGAGCGAUUUGAGGAAUUUCUGCUGCGGACGUUAAUGGGUCAAACUAUAGCAAUAACUUAUUUAAAACAAAUUACUGAAUCGACAAAAUCAUUGCAGUAUGCAGGUGAAAAACUCAUUCACUGGAUGCAUUUGAUCCUCACUGUUUACGUCUUUUCUCAUUAUCUCAUUCUGUUUGGCUGUCAACGAGUGGGGUUGAGUUACAUAUCAAAUACUCUCCUUAAUGUGUGUAUUAAUGUUUUCAGAUCACAAUUGUAACUGCAUUUCCCAUAUUUUCAGCAGGGAAUAGGGACUUUGUAAUGACAUUUUUUAGGGGAUAUUUUCUUACUUUUGGUAAUGUAAUCCUGUGUGUACUGAGGGUGACAGUUUUUGGUAGUACCAUUUGAGAGAAAUAUGGGUUGUGCCAUUGUGUAGUUGAUGAAUAACCGUGGUGUAGUUGUGUGUGUUGCACAGAAAUAACUGCAUGUGAAAUCUUAAAUGAUGUCAAUGUGGAUUGUGGGGCAUUAUCAGAAGGGCUUCUGCAGUUUUCAUGAAAUCAAAUAUUAAAGAUAAAUGUUCAACUUAUGUA